UUAUAGGAGAUAAUAGUGGAUGAGCAAAUAUCUUUGACAUGGUCCAUGGAAAGCCAAAUUAUCUGGACAUAUCACAGGAGUGCUGUCUCCUCCAGUAUCCAGAAAUUUGUGAUUGCAUAGAAACUGAACUAGAAUGUGUAGAUGUUAAUUUAAAAUCUGUUCCACUUGUUUCAAGCAAUGUAACCCUACUGUAAGUAAACCUCAAUAUUGUACAUGCAUAAAUACAACUUCCUGCCUUUCUUUUCCUCUCUGAAAUAAAAGUGCUAUUUCUGCAACAUAAUUGCAUUCAAACUAUUUCAAGGAAAGCAUUUUUUGGAUUAUACAAACUUCAGAUAUUAUAUCUCAGUCAUAAUUGUAUCACCAGUCUGAGACCUGGGAUAUUCAGAGACAAAUUGAAAUGGCUAAUUCUAGAUGGUAACCCAAUAGCGAAAAUUUCACAGCAGUUAUUUACUGGGCUAAAGUCUUUGUUUUUUAUGUAAUGUCUUCCUUUUAUGAUAAACAACUCACUUGAGGCCCUUCCCAGGAAAAUGUGUACUGAAAUGCCUUUUAUUAACUGGAUGGAUUUUGAAGGCAAUCGUAUCAAGACCUUAACUAAUACCACCUUCCUGGAAUGUGAUGCACUCACAGUACUUUUUCUUCGUGGAAAUCAAAUUUGUUUUGUGCCUGAAAAGACAUUUUCUUCAUUAAGAGAUCUGGGAGAACUGGACCUCUCCAACAACUUAAUUACAGAAUUACCACAUUAUAUUUUUGAAGAUCUGAAACAUUUACAAAAACUUAACUUGUCUUGCACACUAUCUCAGCUGUAUGGGGAUCAGUUUGACAGUCUUCAACAACUUGAGUCUUUAGACCUGGAAACUAUAGAGAUUCCAAAUAUAAAUUCAAGAAUGUUUCAGCCCCUGAAGAACCUUUCCUACAUCUAUUUCAAAAAUUUUCCGUAUUGUUCCUAUGCACUCCAUGUGCAAAUGUGCACACCAUUAACAGAUGGGAUUUCAUCAUUUGAGAACCUCUUGGCUAAUGUUCUUAGAGUAUUUGUCUGGGUCAUAGCUUGUGUUACCUGUUUUGGAAAUCUUUUUGUCAUUGGAAUGAGAUCAUUUAUCAGUGCUGAAAACAAGACGCACACCACGUCUAUCAAAAUGUUGUGUUGUACUGAUUGUCUGAUGGGAGUGUACUUCUUCUCCAUUGAAGUCUUUGACAUUAAAUACUGUGGACAAUAUAAAAUAUAUGCUGUGCUGUGGAUGGACAGUUUACCAUGUCAUAUCAUGGGUUUCCUGGCCAUGUUUUCUACAGAGGUCUCUGUCUUGUUGUUGACAUAUCUGACUUUGGAAAAAUAUUUAGUAAUUGUCUUUCCCUUCAGUAAUAUCCGACCAGGAAAGCAUCAGAGAAUAAUAAUCCUUGUAUCCAUAUGGUUUAUUGGAUUUGUAAUAGCAAUAAUCUCAUUUUGGGAUGAGGAUUUUUUUGGAAAUUAUUAUGGAAAAAAUGGAGUUUGUUUCCCACUUUAUUCUGAUCAAACAGAAGAAAUUAGAGGCAAGGGGUAUUCUCUUGGGAUUUUUCUUGGUGUGAACCUACUAGCAUUCAUCAUAAUAGUGUUUUCAUAUGUCAGUAUGUUUUACUCCAUUCAAAAAACUGCCCUUCAGACAUCAGAAGUAAGAAGCAACAUUCACAUGGAUGCUUCUAUGUACUUCAUACCAAAAGAAAAUGCUGAUUAUCUUCUAAAGUUCUUUAUUUCAUUGUGAUUUUUUCUAGGCACUGUCACUUUCUGGAUAGUGAUAUUUAUUCUGCCAAUAAACAGUGCCUUAAACCCAAUUCUCUACACUCUCACCACCACUUUCUUUAAGGAGAAGUUAAAGCAGUUACUGCAGAAACAUCGAAGGAGGUCGGUUUUCAAAAAUGACAGAAAAAGCUUGGCUACUUCAAUAGUAUGGACAGAUGAUUCCUUAAUUCAUGCCUCCUCUCUUAGACUUGGAUUUUUAAACAAAUAA